AUGGGACAGAAUCUCGCGCCACCGUCCCAUACGAUCUAUUGGUGGAAGAUGCAACAAGAUCAACAGGUUGUACAGCACGAUCUUCCGGCAUCGGAGGGAACUCAAGCCAUUAAUGUAAACACUGAUUUAGUGGAAACACAGCAAAACAACACCGACGUAGGUAGAAUUGCUAUCGGUAGGGACCGCGACGAGAUAAGGCAAAGUCUUCCAGUGAACGGUUCACAUCAACACAACGGCAUGGGUGGGGAAGAACCAGAAGCAACCAGCGCAGAACACGAACAACUUUUUGCUGACUAUCGUGAGGAGGAACGUAAAGGUUCGGUCGAGGAGGAAACACCUGCGACAGACGAAGGGAUGGAUCGGAACAAAAGAAAUGGUAAUCGGAACGUGAAUAAUCGAGCAUUCGAUCGAGGGAUCACAUUUAGCCGAAAGCUGCUGCUCGCCAACAUACUGAUCAAUGGAUUAAUGUUUGGCGUGGCAGGGUAUAUAACUUACCACUGUUUCAACAAGGCAAUGGUACUGUUUUCCUGGCAUCCUACGUUCAUGUCCAUCGGGUACCUGAUCCUGAUGUCCCAAGCGGUACUAACGAUGUCUGGAGCAAACUAUUUCACAUACCGAUGUCAUCAUCGGACGAAAGUGUUCCUUCACUGGCUGCUGCAGGCGGUUGCCGGCAUACUGAUAACGAUCGCAUCCGUGUGCAUCUUUCUUAACAAAGUGCGGCUUGGUAAGCCACACUUCCAGACGCUGCAUGGUAUUUUUGGUCUAGUAACGGUGUGCUUUACGCUCGCAUCGAUUGGUGGCGGUAUUACUACGAAGUACGCCUUUCAGCUGCGCCACUACAUCCAUCCGAUGUACAGCAAGCUGGCACAUGGCAUUGCUGGAACCGUUGCGUAUCUGCUAGCCGUAACGACGAUUUCAUUGGGUGUGUAUUCGCGCUGGUUCCAGGAGGAUAAUGAUGCAAACGUGCGUCUAACGCUAGUGAUUGCGAUCGGAACGAUCGCACUGUAUGUAAUCGUCGCACCGAUCUCAAAUGCGGUGCAACGCAUUAAAACUUCUAUUCGUACUAUGCUUUAAAACGGCUAAUGC